UGUACUACUUCAUUUGUAUUUAUUCAUUAAGUUAUAUUGUUUACAACAGUCUUGUUGCUUAGUGUUUUCACUGUGAUUUCCCAGUCGUACUUGAACGCAUCACAUGAGCUCAGCCGAGAGAGAGAGAGAGAGAGAGAGAGAGAGACUAAACAGGUGGUCUGGAAACACACAGAAAACAAUGUCGUCCGGUGAGGAGAAGCGGAAAGAGCCACAGUCGUCGCUCCAGUGAAGGAAUAACCGGGAACAAACUAACAAGGGAAACACAUGCGUCUCUUUUUACUUCCUCACGGUUCUCCUCCUCUCCUCCUUCUUCUCCUUCUCCUCCUCCUCCCGCUGCCUUCGCCGCUUCCCUCCUCGCCGUGACUCCGAAUGUGGAGCAGGAUACGCGGAUAGUGAGCCAUGAAAGUGACGGUGUGCUUCGGCAGGACGCGGGUGGUGGUGCCGUGCGGGGACGGCAACAUUAAAGUGCAUACACUCAUCCAGCAGGCUGUCAUGAGGUACAAGAAGGCCAUAGCGAAGGAUGCCAGCUACUGGCUGCAGGUCCACCGGCUGGAACACGGUGACGGCGGCAUCCUCGACCUGGACGAUGUGCUGUGCGAUGUGGCCGAUGACAAAGACAGGUUGAUGGCCGUGUACGACGAACAGGAGCCCCAUCAUGGAGGCGACGGCACCAGUGCCAGCUCCACAGGGACCCAGAGCCCCGACCUGUUUGCUGCCGACCUCAGUGCCGGCAGCGGAGCUUCAGCCUUCCAGCCGUACCAGGCCGCCAGUGAGAUUGAAGUGACGCCCUCUGCCUUGCGAACCAAUAUGCCCCUCCAUGUGCGGCGCAGCAGCGACCCUGCCCUGCUGACCAUCAAUGGUCCGUUCAUCAGCGGCGAGACGCGGAUCCAAACGGAAGAGCCGCCAUCGAGGAAGAACCCCACCCGCUGGUCCACCACCGCGGGCUUCUUGAAAGCGCGACACUCCACUGGUACCAACAGCCUGGAGAGGAAGGGCAAAGGUAUGGACACAUAUCGCAGUCUCCCGCGGGAUGCAGGGACGUGGGCCAAUCAGAGAGAAUUUCAGAGAGAGACGGCCAGAUCGUCGCUCAGUGCCAAUCAUCCCAUGGUGGACCGCUGGCUGGAAAGACAAGAACAGGAGGAAGAGGCCAGAGACGAAGAGGACAGCAGGAUCGAGCCAGUAGGACGGGCUGACCACACCUCUGUGAGGUCACUAGAAGACAUAGUCAAACUGGUGGAGGUGUCAAACGACGGUGGGCCUCUGGGAAUCCACGUGGUGCCUUUCAGUGGCAGGGACCGCAGGACUCUUGGCUUGUUGGUCAAGCGUCUGGAGAGGGGAGGGAAGGCCGAGCAGCAAGGCCUCUUCCAGGAGAACGACUGUAUCGUCCGUAUCAAUAAUGGAGACCUCCGAAACAUCCGCUUUGAACAAGCUCAGAACAUGUUCCGUCAGGCCAUGCGCUCGCCACUCAUCAUGUUCCACGUGGUGCCGUCGUCCAUGAAGGCCCACUACGAGCAGCUGUCCCACACUGACAGGAACCCGGCGUACGCCUCGGGCCGAUUCAGCCCCGACUCUGUGAGCGGCAGCACCGUCUCCAGCAUCGACCACACCCCGCAGAGGAUGUCGCGACACGGCUCCCACUCUCACCCUCAUUCCCACGCUCACCCAGAGCAGAACAAUGGCUACCCACCACUCACUCACCCGCCAGUGUCUGCGGCCAAACCCCCGACAGGUCACGUCCACUCGCCUCAGAGGGCGAUGACCUCCACGCCAACAGCAGGCUACACCAAAAAAGUCGGCAGGCGACUCAUCAUCCAGCUAAAGAAAGGUCCUGAGGGGCUCGGGUUCAGUAUUACAUCACGGGACGUUCCCAUCGGCGGCUCAGCACCCAUCUACGUGAAGAACAUUCUUCCUCGGGGAGCUGCCAUCCAAGAUGGUCGCCUCAAGGCAGGAGACAGGCUGCUGGAGGUGAAUGGAGUAGACCUGAAUGGACGAACCCAGGAGGAGGUGGUGUCUCUGCUCAGGGCCACACCCAUGGGCGGAGCUGUGGGGCUUCUCAUCUUACGCCAGGAAGACACGUUCCUCCCCCGAGAAGUGAAUGCUGAGCCCCAGACGCAAUGCCCCAGAGAUUCGCAUCCGAUGCAGCCUGUGAUAGACGGGAAACCCCAUUGGCUGAUUGAGAAGACGGAGGAGGAUGAUUUGGUGCUGACUCCAGACGGGACCAGGGAGUUUCUGACCUUUGAGAUUCCCCUCAGCGACUCGGGCUCGGCCGGUUUGGGGGUCAGCGUCAAAGGAAACCGCUCCAAGGAGAACCACGCCGACCUGGGAAUCUUUGUCAAAUCCAUCAUCAACGGAGGAGCAGCCUGCAAGGAUGGACGGCUACGAGUGAACGACCAGUUGAUUGCCGUCAACGGGGAGUCGCUAUUAGGCAAAACCAACCAAGAAGCCAUGGAAACGCUCCGCAAGUCCAUGUCAACAGAAGGCAACAAGCGCGGGAUGAUCCAGCUCAUCGUGGCCAGACGAGUGUCCAAAAGGAACGAGGAGACACCAGGGAGCCCAGUGGGGAACCAGCACGCCAUGAACACUUCUCUCGACGACCACGAGCGCCGCAUCUCGCACUCCCUGUACGGUGGCCUGGAGGGUCUCGACGACAACCUGAUGCCACGACAAGGCAUGAUGCCACGCACAAUAGGUAAUUAUCAGCUCUCACCGACCGUCAACAUGCCACAGAACGACACUGUGAUCAUCGAGGACGACCGGCCGCCGCUCCUCCCGUCUCACCUCUCUGACCAGUCCUCGUCCAGUUCCCAUGACGACGUGGGCUUCACUGCUGACGUGACGCCGCUGUGGGCCCAAGAGCUGCCCACUCCCACUGACAGCGCCCUCCCUCUAGAUGAAAGUCAUCCCAAUUUCCAGAGGGAAGGGUUCGGACGUCAGAGCAUGUCGGAGAAACGCACCAAGCAGUUUGGAGACGCCGGGCAGCUCGAGAUCAUCAAAACACGCAAGUCCAAGAGCAUGGAUCUAGGUUCCUCCACAAAGGACGUGGGACCGUCACUGGGCUUGAAGAAGUCCAGCUCCCUCGAGAGCCUGCAGACGGCUGUUGCCGAGGUAACCCUCAAUGGUGACCUCCCCUUUCACCGGCCUCGCCCUCGCAUCAUCAGGGGCCGCGGCUGCAACGAGAGCUUCAGGGCGGCCAUCGACAAGUCGUACGACCGACCGGCUCCGCCGGAGGAGGAGGACGAGGGCAUGGAGACGUUGGAGGAGGACACAGAGGAGAGCUCGCGAUCGGGGCGAGACUCCGUGUCCACGGUGGCCGACCAGACGCCGCUCUCUGGCCCUGACAAGCCCCUGCUCAACGGCACCAACCGCGCCAAAGAGGAGAAGAAGAAGGACAAGGAUAAAGAAAAAGAUAAAGAAAAGGGAGGGAAGGAGAAGAAGAAGACGCAGGAGGGAGGAAAAGAGAAGGACAAGGGAAAAGCCAAGAAGGGAAUGCUGAAGGGACUCGGCGACAUGUUCAGGUUUGGGAAGCACCGGAAAGACGAGCGUCCAGGGGAAAAGAUGGACCGUAAAGGCUCCAGCAAGUGGCGGCCCGAGGAGACGCAGGUUUCUGAUGAGGAGACGCUGAAGAUGAGGAUGGAGCAGGAGAGGAUCCAGGCCAAAACCCGGGAGCUGAGGGAGCGGCAGGCCAGAGAACGCGACUACGCCGAGAUCCUGGACAUAAGUCGCACCCCAGAGGAGGAGCACACGUACACCGGCAUCAACCCUCUGAACAGCUCCGUGGACAGCGGUCACAGUCGACCCCACAGCCCCCGGGACGAUUACCCUCACAUCCAUUCACACCACCAGCACCAGCACCAGCACCAGCAUUCGGACUCGCUUUACACUCAAGUCAGCAAGGCCCGCAAUGACCGGCCUCCGUCUGCAGACAGUAGCCGGUUAGCCCCCAGCAACCACGACCGGAUACAGAGGCUGAGGCAGGAGUUCCAGCAGGCGCAGACCGGCCCGGACGACCCCGACGACCGCAGGAGGACCUACAGCUUCGAGCAGCCCUGGUCAAACACCAGCAGCAGCAGCAGCAACAACGACCCGGGUGGGUACAGUCAGCCCGGUCGCCACUCGGUGUCUGUGGAGGUUCAGAUGCAGCGUCAGCGGCAGGAGGAGAGAGACUCGUUCGCCCAGGCACAGCGACAGUACAGCUCGCUACCAAGGCAACCCAGGAAAAACCCCAGCUCCGUUUCCCAAGACUCGUGGGAUAAGUCGUACCAGCCGGGAGAGGUUUUCCAGACGGCCAAGGACAAUCCCAGGUACUCCAGCUACCAGGGCUCCAGGAACGGCUACCCAGCCGCGGUUGGUGUCAACGCCCGAGUCCUGCUGGAGGCGCAGGAGCUCCUGAGGCAGGAGCAGCGGCGCCGAGAUCAGGAAGCCAAAGGGAAGUUAAUGCAAGAGAGCAACAGCAGCUACGAUGGCUACUCUGCUGCUCACCUGAAGGACCCAGCCUCCCCGAAGGGCCCGUACCGCCACGACGUGCCACCUUCACCUUCACAGUUAGCCAGGCUUAAUAGAUUAGGAUCAGAGAAGGGACGACUUUUUUAUUCUUGAGGAGUAUUUUACAGUGACUUUUGAAGGAAGUGCAAAAGACGACGCGACGAAUCCUGACAACCUCCAGGUCUCAUGGUCAAGUGUGCGGGGGUGACCUUCACUGACCUUCACUGGUCGUCACUCACCCGACAGAUUUGAGUGCCUUCUCUGCAUUCACAGACACGACGCUCGGUCACAGGCUUCCACCACUUAUCAGGAUGUGAAGCCAUCACGUACUGACAAUCAAACGGGCCGACGGGCGAGUGCGAGGUCUUUGUGUUGAGCUCCAGAUCAAGUGUGUGUCCUGUGGACGCCUCUCUCCCCCCUCUGUUCACUAAAGUUCCAACAAGCAGCCUCUACAAACAAACACCGCGGGGCUUUCACUCUGCAUUCUGUUCCAGCGUUUUCUCCCGCAUGAACACUCCCGGGGGAGCCCACGAUACGAGGCACAGUGUGCGAAAGAAGCCGGGCGAAAUGUGUGUGUUAUUAAUAAAAAAGAAAGAAAGAAAGAAAGAAAGAAAGAAAGAAAGAGCUCCGCUCAUAAAUGAUUCAUAUCAUGUGUUAUCUCCGUGAGGGAGACCCAAGCAAAGAGGGGAGCCAGCUCUGAUCCUCUGCCUGGCUCCUCUGCACUGCUCUGGGCUUGACUCACUGGCCUGUCUGUCUCUCUGUGGAGCUCUGGCUCUCAUCCUGCCCUCGCUGUCGCCUUCUCUGUUCCUUACUCUCCUUUCUUUUCCCUUUCCCUUCACCUCCUACCUUCCCCUCAUCUCAGCUCACCCCUCCUCUUCCUCCUGCUCCACUGCACCAACCUCCUCCCCCCCUCCUCCUCCUCUUCGCCUUCCUCCGUCUUGUCUCUCGAGUCGAGCUCUGCACUGAAUUUUUCAUCACAAGCCACCUGCUGCCUGCCUGAGCCAAAGAAAGCUGCCACCAGAGGCACAGACAGAGGCACAGACAGAGGCACAGACAGAGGCACAGACAGAGGGCCCGGCUUCUGACAUAAAGAGAGGAAUAAAAGCAUAAAGAAGAAGAAGCAGCAGCAGAAUAAAGAUUGGUAGAGAGACAAUGAUUUUCCCAGUGUGAGAUUAGCUGGAGCUUUUCUCCAGUUUCAACAAAAGGCAAAAUUGUCUUCAGGAUUUAAUUGCUUUCGAUUGCUGUAAUUGCUUUAUCUUUUUUUUUUUUCCUACCUUUGAAAGCGUUUGUGCGACACUCGGCUUCACAGUGAUUUGAAAAGAGGCAGCAGGUAGAGCUGCUAUCUCGCUUUAGAAAAAAGAAGAAGCAGUUAAUGGAUGAACGGAGAAAAGAAAAAGUCAGUUUAAGGAAAAUUCAGACUUCACUUUUUUGAUGGUUGUGGUUUUAUUGGUGCAGGUUUUGAGGUUUGUCGUCACAUACAGAAACAUUCGACUGAUAUUUGUCCAGAGCUCAUGUUUAGUCCUGGGUCACAGUUUCCACAGAUCACUGAUGAAGACGGUUGUUUCAGAGGAGGAUCACGUGUUGAAUGUUCGACCCUCAUUUUGAGCAGAAACACAUUGAACACGGAAAGUUACGUAAAUAAAUGUCACGUAGCAACAUUUAGCUCAUUUGUUGACUGUAGAUGAGGAUGGAGGACAUGUUGGCCCCCAUAAGUGAAGCCAGUAUAGUGAAGAGCCAUGGUUCUCACACUGUGGUACAUGUACCACCAGUGGUACUUGGAGGGAAAUCAGAAAUACUGACCAGGGUAUGAGGUCAGAGUGGAGCGGAGGACGUUUGACCGGAGUCACACACAUCUUUACAGUCUGAGGCUCAGCUGCUAACAGCGACUUUACAGUUUAUUGAAACUCAUACAUUGCACAAAAGAGUGAUAUACUGUACAGUAUCUGACCUUGACUUCAUGAUGGAGACAGAAAAAAGCUCAAAACCUGAACAAAUGAAACCAACACUGUUAAAAGGACUUAAUGUCUCUGAUGGUAAAUGUAUUUUUUUAAUCUGGGUAAAUGGAGCCAAGUUUUGGGUUAUACAUCAUGCAAUAAUAAUAAUAAUAAUAAUAAUAAUGAUGUGAUAAUGUGUCAUUAUAACCUGAGAGUAUUCUCAUUUCCAUUCCAGUCAAUCUGCAGCUGCUGAUUGGCUUUUCUUUUGCACCCAGAGAGAAGGAAGUAAUCAGCGACAGCAGCUGCUGCCGCCGCCGCCGCCGCCACAGCUCGCGCACAGAAACCCUUGUUGCUGUUGAUCACACACGUUUAAAAAAAAUCAUUGCCACGGCAACAGCGGCCCACCUCUGUAAUCACUGACGUGUGCCACAUCGACGUCUCUGCCGCCAAGUGAACAAAUAAGACCGAGCCGAGGUCGAGGUUUAAAAGAAAAGGGAAAAGCAAACACGUAAAUAAACAAAUACACGUCCGACUCACUCCCACGUACACGUGUGAAACCACCUGACAGACGCUGGGUUGUGUCGGUUAAUGAAGACGCUCACUGGGCGUGGUUUGAGGCAAUAAACCAUGAAGAAAUCAUUUUUAAUUGUAUUGUUUCAUAAUGUAUAAAUCUGUAUUUUAGAACCCGAGGGAAGUUCAACUUUUGUCUCUUUUUUAAAAUCGUAUUUGUUGAGAGUCAUCGAACGCAGCUGAUGGCUCUCUGUGUUUCUGGGGGUCAAUCCCUGCGGAUUGGGAGGAAAUAAUCUGUCGCGUUAUGGAGAAUGUAGCCUGCUAUUGUUAGCUUUUACAGACUCUAGCUUUAAUCUAAUAAUUCUGCCUUUUUGUAAAUAAGUACAGUCCAUACUAUAGAUGUAAUGAUGCAUUCACACUGAACACAAGUCACAUUUUGUUUACUACACUCAGACUUACACCAAUAAUCCUUUUUAAUUUUAUUUGAAUUUCUCUGUCCAGGUCUGGUCAUGCUGUGGAACAUUUGCACACUUGUGUUAGGUGUGAAUGCUUCAUUACACAAAACAAAUAUUUGACCAAAUAUGAUCCAAAUAGUGCAGAAGAUGUUUCUGUGUCGACGAGCACAUUCAGAAGGAUUUUGGUUUUUUUCUACCUUUGCUCUGAAUAUCAUGGAUUUUGCUGUUGAAAAGUGCCUAAGAUGAUAUUUUGUGCAAAUGUGAUUAUUUUUUUGUUUGAGUGACACGACAAAACACUCAAAACACAGUUUGUGUGUGUGUGUGUGUGUGUUUUUUUAUAUCCUUUAAAACAUGUCAUUGUUGGGGUACCUGAACCUUUGUAAGAGCCAACACUUACAAACUGUUCUCAGUGUGUUUGUAUCCCGUUCACCUUCGACCGUGCUGUACCAUGAUGUGUUUUAAAAAAAGAAAAGAAAUGAUGUGCAAUUGUUCUGUGUGUUUUUCUUCUGCAGAAAACUUUGACAUGACAUAAUAACAAGUGUACACGGCCACUUUUCCUGUACAUAUCAAUUUAGAAUAAAGCGGAAGGCUGUUCCAUCCUGUUUACAACC